AUGUUCCCGCCUCCAUGCCCAUCGGCCAUGUCCGCCGACGACAUCCGGACCCUCCGCGCCCUCGCCGGCCGGUACGGGUCCGGCAGCCUGGAGAACACCCUCCGAAGCCUGGGCGGCAGCAGCAGCAUCAACACCAACACCAACACCGACACCACCACAGGCAACAGCAAUAACGGCACCAUCAACAGCAUCAACAACUACACUACCCUCCGGCCACCGCCACAGCACCACCAACAACACCAGAACAACCCGGCGCCCGCCCGGAACUCAACCCUGUCGACGUCCACCUUCGGCAGCGCCCACAGCGCGCCGCCGUCCCUGACGAGCUCCGGGCCCUGGAGCGCUAUUACGGCACAGCAGCAGCAGCAGCAGCAGCAGCAGCAGCAGCAACAAAACGCCGCCGCCGCCGCCUGGAACGACCCCAACGACGUGCCCUUCCUCCUCUCCCCCUCCGUGACUCCCUCCCUCUCCGGCUCCGAGUGGCAGGACCUCCACGUCAACGAGUACCUCCUCUCCUCGCCCUGCGGCGAGAAGAAGGCCGUCGUCGCCGCCGCCGUGGCGGCGGUGUCCUCCCCCUCCCGCCGCAAGCCCAUCGAGUGCCCCCUUUGCGCCGUCCACGACGUCCGCGUCGGCUUCGGCCGCAAGAGCGACUUCAAGAAGCACCUCCAGAACUUCCACAACACCGACUGCCUCUGGGCCUGCCCGCGCCGCGGCUGCCACAUGGUCUUUGACUUUGAGCGGGCCUACGUCGUCCAUCUCAAGACGGACCACCACAGCGGCAGCCGCGACUCCUCCUUCCACGCCGCCACCGCCCCGGACCGCGUCCGCGUCGAGCUCUGCCCGCAGGUCGUCUUCGCCUGCGGCUUCGUCGGCUGCAAGACCGUCAUCGAGGCCCCCGACGACGGCGCCGCCCCCGCCGCCGCCGACGCUUUCUUCGACCACCUCGCCGGCCACUUCGACCGGCGCGCCACCCCGACUUCCUCCUCCUCCUCCUCCUCCUCCUCCUCGCCCGUGUGCGGCUGGACGUACUACCACCAGAUCCGCAACCUCUUGCGCCAGCGCGCCCUCAAGGACGAGUGGAAGCACGCCCUCUGGGACAAGGCCGCGCGGAACCAGCUGCGCUGGCAGCCGCGCUCCUCAGCCGACCUCAAGAAGCUCCUCGAGUGCCGCCACCUCGCCGACGUGCCCCGCGUCCUCCACGCCGCCUGGACCCUCGGCCAGACCUCCUUCUCCUCCCCCAAACACCCGGGCCCGGCCUUCCCCGGCGAGGCCACCCGCCCGCUCCGGAACCGGUGCCCGUUGUCCAUCUCCGGCCACGAUGUCGGCGGCGGCGACUCGCACCGCAGGACGUUCGGCCAGCACCUGCAGCAGCUCCCCAACGCCGGCGCCGCCGUGUUCCACACGACGCUCGCCACCGUCUCGCACCCGCCGCCGCGCUGCGUCCCUGAGGAGCCGGACUCCCUCGUCUACGCGCACCCCGGGACGCCCCUCGUCCUCCCGGAGCACAACGCCUGGUCCACCGACGUCGUCCUCGGGCCCCGCGAGGACUUCGACGACGACGACGACAACAACAACUAUAACAUCCACAAAAACAACAACGACGGCGGCGACGGCGGCGGCCACGUGCCCAUGGUGUACGCGGCGGCCCCGAGCCCCGUCAGUCCGUGGAUCGUCGGUCCCGGUCCCGGUCCCGGUCCCGGCGCCCGUCCGCCGCCGCCGUGCGACCCGACAACGCCGGACGACGAGGCCUUUGGCGCGCUCCUCCGCGUGCCGCCGCCGCCGCCGAAGCGUCCUCGCUCGUGGGGCAUGAGGAGCCUCGAGAACCUGCGCCUCAAGCGCCGCGACCGGCCGUCGCCGCCGGUGGAUGAGAAGGCGCUCGCCAUGCCCGCGUGGAUCUAG